UUGUUCAGCAGAUGGGAACGGCCGCGACAAUUGGCCAUGAUUUCCUUCCGUUUUCAUCUAAUCGGAGAAAAAUCCCUUUUACUAGAAUCCGAAAUUUCAACAAUCGUAUUGUAAGGGAUUGCAGUAAUCUCAUUCCUUUUAUUAAUUAAACAAAGGAGACUAGAGAGAGAUCUUACGAGGAGGACGAGUUGUUUCUUUCUAGGUUCCUUCCUUCCUUCCUUCUUCACUCUUUGACGUCUUUCUUCUGCUUACAUUAUCUUCGUCCUCCUUUCACACUUUAAAUGACGCUCACUUGACUUCUCCUUGCAUAACCCAUCUCUUACCCUCCCCUUUCUGUUCAUUUCUGGGAUUUCUUUCGAUGCGUUAAGAAAUCUAUUUUUGUGGCUGGAAAAUGAAUGACAACCAUUGGUUGAUUUAGUCUUGAAGAUCUCCCAAAAACUUCAAUCUCCAUGUUUUUCAGUAAGAACUCUAUGAAUGAUUAUAACAGUCCUGUUCAGAGUCAAACACCGGAUCUUUCGAAAAGUAUUGAAUAUGAAAAGAAUGAAAAGAACACGGAGACAAAGAACACGAGGACUGAUAAAGUUCCCACCAAUUUCCCUGAUCCAGAAGCAAUGGAACUUUACUCGAGAGUGAAAGCACAAGAGGAGGAAAUCCUUAUGCUUCGAGAACAAAUUGCUUUCGCUUGUCUAAAGGAAAUGAAGUCAUUGAAUGAAAAAUGUUCUUUACAAAAGAAACUCGCUGACUUGCAAUUGGCAAUCGAUGAGAAGCAAAAUGAGAUCAUAACUUCUGCCUCAAAUGAAUUGGCGCGCAGAAAAGCUGAUCUUGAGGAGAAUCUCAAAUUGGUACAUGAAUUGAAGGUUGAAGAGGACGAAAAAUAUAUGUUCACAUCUUCAAUGCUUGGAUUAUUAGCUGAAUAUGGCGUUUUGCCUCAUGCAGUUAAUGCUUCUUCGAUCUCUGACUCAGUCAAGCAUUUGUAUGGCGAGAUGCAGCUAAAGAUCCGAACUUCACAUGCUAGAUUUAGGGAUCUGACAUCUAUGGCUGGUCGUCAUGAUGAGGAUAUGUGGCUAGAAAAAGAUGGCCAUGGUCCUAAUCACCCGAAUAACCAACUUCCUCAAAGAUCAUUGGGUCAGCAAUAUCCGUUUUAUAGUCACCAUUUAGGCGAAGAACAGAACUUGGGAAACAAUAUCACAAUGACGAGAAACGAAUUGGCUAACAGCCAGAGGCAGCAACUUUUAGAUAAUGGCUAUUUACCAAAUCACACAGUUGAUAAUAAUGCUAGGAAUAAUUUGGGCCAACCUCAAAACUUUUCGGAUAGAAGAGAUGUCAGCAUGACACCCGAAGAAGAGAUGAAGGGAAGGGAGCCUUCGUUUCGUUUUCCGAUAGGGGAGGAGAGUGCCGUCUCUGAUGAUUUGCCUGGUAUAGACGGUUUCCAAAUAAUUGGCGAUGCUAAACCUGGAAGCAAACUUUUGGGAUGCGGUUUCCCUGUUCGUGGAACUUCUCUUUGUAUGUUUCAGUGGGUUCAUCAUCUUCAAGAUGGCACUCGACAGUACAUUGAGGGAGCCACGAAUCCAGAAUAUGUUAUCACUGCUGAUGAUGUUGAUAAACUCAUUUGUGUAGAGUGUAUACCUAUGAAUGAUCAAGGCCAACAGGGGGAACUGGUCAGAAUUUUUGCCAACAAUCAAAACAAAAUAACUUGUGAACCCGAUAUGCAAUUGGAGAUCGAUACAUGUGUCUCUACAGGCAUAGCCACAUUCACUGUUUUGCUUUGGAUGGAUUCUUCAGAGAACUGGGAGCCAGCAACUCUUACUUUAAAAAGAGCGGGCUAUGAAGUCAAGGCUAGUGGAUCCGAAGGUGUUAUAAUAUCGGAGAAAUUUUCAAAGGAUGUUUCGAUCCAGAUUCCUUCGGGGUUCACACCACAAUUUGUGUUGACCUGUUCGGAUGGCUCGUCGUAUCCCUUUAGCACAUAUAAUGAUGUCAAAAUGCGUGAUACUCUUGUCUUGACGAUGAGAAUGUUUCAAAGCAAGGCAUUGGAUGAAAGGAGGAAAGGAAUAGCAUAGGCCUUCAGUUUUUACCAGAAGGUUAUGUGCAAGUUUACAUAUUCUUUAUAGAGCAAUUCAAGAAUAAAGAUCAUCUUGUUCUCUAUCUCUUAUAUGACAAAAAUUUAAUUUUUUUAAAAAUCCUUAACCUUGUAGAAUUCAAAGCUUUAUGUAGAAUAAAUUUGUAAUUUUAACAAGUGGUUGAAGAUGAUGAAUCAUAUUUAUAUUUUUGUUAUUGAAUCCUAGCUAUGUUUGAAAUCA